AUGCGCAACCCACAGCGGAGAAACACGGUGGACAGCCAGAAGUAUGUGGUGGAGAAGAUCGUUGGAAAGCGCAUCGUAAAAGGUCGUCUGCAGUUUCGUGUCAAGUGGAUGCACUAUCCGAUGAAAGCGAGCACAUGGGAGCCAGUGGAAGCAUUGGGCCACCUCUCGCGCUUGCUGGCCGAUUAUGAGGCGAGGCAGUACAAGCGCUUCCGGAAGAAGCUGGCCAAGGCGGCAAAGGGCCCCAAAUCGCGAGCCAAAAGCAAGGCUAAGAGCGCCGCCCGUCGACGCCAAUCGCGCCACGUGCCCAGUGGCCAAGCAGCAACAUCGGCUACAUCGGGCUCGGCCGCAGCGGGCCAAGGAGCAAAUGGGGAACGCGGCAGUAAUGAGCAAUCAUCAGGGAGUUCGGUGGUAGCUCGAGGAGUUGGUCUCGCGCAUGAGCGCAAGCGUGUCGAUCCGCUGGCUGUGGAGCAGCCAAGGAUCGAGGGCGUGCAGCAUCCACGCACUUCACGCGGCACAUCCGCGCAGGUACCGAACUGGAAAAUGGAGCCGUACAGGGGGUCCUUCGGUUUGGCGCGUGGCCUGGAGCUGGAAAAGGUGCACCACUGCUUCUUUGUUCGCAGGCAGCUCUUCAUGUUCGUCACCUGGGUGGGACACCCCACGAUGGACGCGGUGCUGCUUAGCGACAUACGACACGCAUAUCCGAUGCCAAUAAUUAAAUACUUUCAAAAUUUGGCCUUCCCAAAUUACAAAGAUGCCUGA